AUGUCUCACAAAUUAAUAUUGUCAAUCUACAUAGUCUUUACUGCUCUUAGUGGAGCCAACUGUGGAUUGAUGGAUAUCUUCAACAUGUCUUCCGACUACAAUUUGGCAUCAGCUUUGGAUAUCAUGUUUGCCUUAACACGAAACGACAUAGGAAUGGUACUGUCAGGUGAAAUCACCACCCCAAUCGAGGAGGAUGUCACAUUUUGGUGUGGCAACAGAAAAUCUCCGGAGCUGAUCCAAACAUUCCUCGAUGAUUCUGAUGUUCAGCAGAAGAUUGACUUCAGCAAACCAAUCAUGCUUAUUACACACGGAUGGCUAGACGACCAUGCGUUGAUUUGGAUACAAGAAACGGCACAGGAUGCAAUGAAAUUCAUCGACACCAACGUGUGUAUCGUCGGGUGGGAUCAACUGGCAAAGUACAACUAUUUCCAAGCGGCUAAGGAGAAUACACGCCUUGUAUCUGAUUAUUUGACUCUAUUCGUAAAAUUUCUAAACCAACAAGGUAUGUCGCUGGAUAACGUUACCCUCGUAGGACACAGCUUGGGAGGUCAGAUUUGCGGUCAAGUUGGAAACAAUCUCGAUGGAAAGAUUGCAGAAAUAUAUGGAGUCGAUCCAGCGGGUCCUUUGUUCACUUUCCCGAUUGAUAGUGGACUUAAAAAUCGGCUGGAUAAGGGAGACGCCCAGUACGUUCAAAUGAUUCUUACUUCCACAAACACGCUAGGAGUGGGAAAAGGUGAUGGUCACGAGAACUUUUACCCCAACGGUGGAAAUGUCCCACAACCUAAUUGCUUUUUUCCGGUGACCAGCGAUGCUGAGAUGGCUGAUCAGAUAGUUUGCAGUCAUUUGCACGCCACUUCAUUGUUCCGACUGUCACUUGAUCCAUCCUUGGUUUUCAAGGGAAAGCAGUGUUUCAACUGGAUGUCAUUCAAUCUGAAAGCUUGUAGACGGAACCCAUCCGACCUGCUCGGUGUUUACAACUGUAAGCUUCCUGGUGAUUUUUAUCUAAAUACAUUAGCUAGCUCACCAUUUGUUAAAGUGUGA